UCCCACCGGCUAUAAAGCCCAAAACCAUACUGAAACACUCAGACAGAAAUCGCACGUGCAUCCGCGUAGCGGGAGAGAGACGCGAUCGAGAGCAGCCCCAGACGCCGCCGUUCUGACAAAGAGCCAGCCGCCACCGGGAGCCCCUUUUUCUUUUUUCCUUUCCCCUCACAGAAGGGAAACCACACAGGAACUUUACGCCAGAACCAUGAGCGGCCAAAGCGUUCUCAGCUCCUAAGGAUCAGCUGCAGGGUACCGGAGCGCUAACGGCUGCUCGCUCCGACACACACACGCGCGCGAGAGAGCAGCGGCUCGCAGGCUGCCCGUGUGCGGACGUUGAGCAGACAGAGAAAGGAGCGGCGGAGGAGGAGGAGGAGGAGGAGGAGGACGGAGGAGGACGGAGGAAGGGAAGAUGUCUUUCGCCAUGGUGCGCCCGGCCCCCGGCAGGUUCCUGUACUCCGACAUCAGCAUGCUGUCCGAGGACGAGGAGAACGGCAGCGAGAGCUCGGGCUCCGACGAGAAGUCCUUCCGCCAGCGCCAGCCCGGCGUGCUGCUGGACACGCUGCCGGGCCCGUUCGGCACGGGCCGCCAGCGCAACGCCGCCAACGCCCGCGAGCGCGACCGCACCAACAGCGUCAACACGGCCUUCACCGCGCUGCGCACGCUCAUCCCGACCGAGCCGGCCGACCGCAAGCUGUCCAAGAUCGAGACGCUGCGCCUGGCCUCCAGCUACAUCUCGCACCUGGGCAACGUGCUGCUGGUGGGCGAGGCCUGCGGCGACGGGCAGCCCUGCCACACCACCGCCUCCUUCUACCACCACAGCUCGCCCGCCCGCGACUCCGACAGCCCCCAGCCCAAGCAGAUCUGCACGUUCUGCCUCAGCAACCAGAGGAGACUGGGCAAAGACAGAGAAAGGAAAACAGCUCUAAGAAGUUAAUACCGACGGGAAUGGAAUCACAUAAUAAAGCAGUGAACUAUGCAACACAAACAACCUGGACCUGUUAUCAAAACAAGACAUGUAUCAGUUGUAUAUAUGCAAAUAUAAAUAUAUAUAUUUAAAUACGUUAGAAAUCUGGGACGUGAAGGCUCGGCUGCUUAAAUGGGAUUCUCAGACUGGAGAGACACUGGGCUUCCCGGACUUCAGCUCGUCUGACGAGGGCUUCCGUUUCCAUUCUAAACUGGGUACACUCACGCAUCGUUAAAGAAAUACCAAACAGAACAAUCCUUUAAUAGAUGAAAGAUGAAGUCCUGCUUUUGAGCGUACGACGUUCCAAAAAAAAAAAAUGCGGACGGACGGACCGGGGUGACGUGACACAGAACAACGGACAGACACAGCAGUGGGCCGUCGGACGCUAGCGUGCCCGCUGCGGACACGCCCAAGUGUGCUCCAAAAAAAAAAA